GUCGCUACGUCACUUCCGGGUAUAGACGGGCAGUUGUAGAAAAAAAAAAAUCUGGUUGCCAUGAAUUUGAGCUUGCUAGCCACCGAUAAAUGUCUGCACAGAUGAGUAAAACCAUCCAUGUCAAGAAGGAAGGAGGGUUCCCGAAGUCUUGUGCUGCUUCUGAGUCCGUAUAGGAGCACAAGAACCUGCCUGCCGACCUACUGUGAAUCGGUGAGUAGCUAGCUUAGAGACGAGCGAGCUGGCAGGCUAGCCGCUGCCGCUAGCUGCUUGCCUUGCUAACGAUAAGUGGUCGUAUUUUUUUGUCAAAUUGUUGGUCUUCAUCUAUUCAAUUAGUGUUGGUUUGAAGCUUCAAUGGUGUGUCGCUUCUCCGUUCUUUUAAUUGCAUGAAUGCACGGUCAAGACUCUGCACCCGUUAUGUGUCUAUACCACCGGCUAACGAUGGAGGUUAACACCGUAGUUAACCAUAGUGCUACCAUUAGCAGAUCAGUCGCUCCCUGUUGCUCUGUGUAUCCGUGAGUGGGGGUGUUUUAAUUAGUCACAAAUGUCCAUAAUCACAAGAGGACAUCUGAAUCACUUAAUCCCCUUCUGAGAUUAGCUUUAGCAGACUCGACAUCUACAAUACAACCCCAAACAAACGCGGGGCAGUCAUCAGAUACUAGUCUAAAAUGAUGACAAUAACAAAAUGCAUUACCAGCUGGAGCUGUUGUAUUUUGUAUUGAGUUUUCUCUUACCUAUACCUAUAACGUUAAGAGUGUAUAUGUCUGAAUUGCAUGGAUGAUAAUAUGUUGAUCUUCUUGAUUAACAGGAAUGUGCGUUAGCUUCUGAAAGACCACAACCACUUCAUCGCACAUCCCUUUAUACCAGCAUAUUAGCAUGUAAAGUGUGUGGCCUCAUGAUGUCAAACUACUAAAAUAACCCCACCCUUCUUUUCUUUUAUCAAGACCCCACUGGCUCAGUGUCUAAAAGAGGAAACCUUGGUACCCUUGAGUGCCAAUUCAUUCCAAGGCCCAAGGAUUUCUGUAUCCAGGUACGUGUACUACAGGAUGUUUGGUGUCAGGUUACCCCUGAGAUAGUGAGCAGGGUUUGUUAUGUGCUGUGUACACUGACCAGCCACAAUAUUAUCAAAAAACCUGAGCAAUCGAAUGCAUUCAAUCGAACAACUGUACCAUGAAUUCUCCUAUUUACCUUCUAAAUGAUUGUUUGUGGUUGACAUGAUCAGACAGGUGAUUAUUGUACUUCAUAUUUAUUAUAAGAUCAGGAUUAAAAAUGCGACAUAAACAGAACAAAAUAUUAGAAACACUUUUUAUUGUUACACAGUUAAAGGGGUAUUCCAAUGUAAAAUUAAUUUAGAGUCAAACACACCGUAACACAGAGAGACACCCCCUCGAGAGAUGAAUUUCUUUAUCAUUUCCUUGAAGUUUUAAUCAUCAUAUUAAUCGUUUUAAACUGCAGACACGGUAGGUCUUCUGCCUUUGUGUAUCGGUCUGAUUGUAUUUCCAUAAAGAAAUGAUCAUAAAUGUUCUUCCUUAAGCUGCGUCACCUCGCAGCAGUCCGUAAUAGACCGGCCUGAGGUCUCGCUACAAAUAAGCGGCUGCUGGAAGAGAGUGGUUGAGUUGUGUUAAGUCUCUUUGCUUAAGAAAUUAGGCAAAGUUAAAAAGAUGUUUGGUGGCUAGUGCUAUGGCUAGGACCCUAUAUGUACUGUUGAUGAAGUUAGGUUCUGUUCUGAGCAUUAUCUGUGGCCAUAGAGUGGUGUUUUGGAUGAGGUUUGUGCAUGGCUCCUCAGACCACUGUGUAUUGCUAUCCUGCAGUUGUUACUAAAGUUGGUGUAACAAGAGAAGCAAGCGGUCGGCAACAUUCAUCUCUCGAGGGGCUGUCUAACACAGUGUUACGGUGUGUUUGAAUUAAUUUUACGCCAGAAUAUCCCUAUAAAUACACCACUAUCACCUGCCUCAACCUCAGCAAUUUAUUUAAAGGGCAAACAAUUGAACAAAAAUGUAGAAUAGAGAAGCUUUGAAAGGUUGACUUCAUUGUAGAGCUGUUUUGUUAGGUUAGUUGCAUUAGUUUACCCAAGUGUUCUUAAUCCUGCGUGUAUCCUCUAUCCUCUGAAAUUGGUUAAGUGCCAGUUUUUUUUUUAUUCUCCUUCAAUUAAACGCAACAAAGCAGCAGAGAAUGUGGUAGACGUGAAAAAUAAAUGAAACCUGCUGAUUUUGACACUUCAAGUCUUGAACAUUUUCCUCAUAAAUCUAUUAUGUGUCUUACUUUGGUUAAUGUUGUGUGUGUGUGUGUGUCACAGCUAAUGUUUGUGUAAAACUUAAUAGUCUGAUUUCAUAUUCAGUCAAACUUAAAAUUUAAUGUGCGUAGGAUGCUUUUGUUUGAAAGCAGGUUCAGGAAUCCUGUAAAACACCAAGAGAAGCUCUACUGUGAAUUAAAGCUGAAAUGACAUGCUUUUACAUGCAGCAGUAACUCUGAUUUUCUUACGGUAAACUGUCUCUUUGAUGUUUUUUGACCAGAGGAUGAACGGUCUGUCCAUACGAGAGCUAUGCUGCCUGUUUUGCUGCCCCCCUUGCCCCAGCCGCAUUGCAGCCAAGCUAGCUUUCCUCCCUCCAGAGCCAACCUACGCCCUCCUGCCUGACCCAGAUCCAGGCUCUGGAGCUGGAGCUGCCUCCGGGUCCAGCUCUGGGGCUGCUCUGCCCUCGCUUGGAGCUCCAGGACUGCGCUCUCGGCUAAGCACCAGUAGUGGAGGUGACAGAGGAGGUGGAGGUGGUGGCGGCGGAGGUGGAGGUGGCGGUGGUGUUGGAGGUAGCGGUGGACCCAGUGGGGGAAGCAGUGGUGGCAGUGGGAGUGAGGGCAGGUGGAAGCUUCAUCUCACAGAGAGAGCAGAGUUCCAGUAUUCGCAGAGAGAGCUGGAUGUGACAGAUGUGUUCCUGACCAGAUCCAGCCGAGGGAACAGGGUGGGAUGCAUGUACAUUCGUUGUGCCCCCAAUGCAAGGUGAGACAAACUGAAUCUCCUGGAAAACAUGCAUCACUACAAUGUAUCUCUGUGUUUGCUUGGUUUUGAAUAGGGUGGCUUUUUUUGCCCUGUGGGAGUGAACUACAACUUUAUACUGUAAAUGUCCAAAUAUAAACCAGGGUUUGAAUUUGCCUUUACUACAGAAGGUGCUUGGCCUUCACACGAAGCAGGCUUGUAUUAGAAAGAGGCGAAUAUCAAAUUCUUCAAUUGUAUUUAUGUCGUAUUAAUAGACAUUCUUGUACAAUACGUCAGCGUGACAGAGGUUUUAAAUGACAGGCUUCACACUGUUUACAAGACACAAGAACACUCAGGAUAAGAGAAAUAAUAAAUAUAACAUAUAACAUAUUCCUUUGCAUGUUACAGUCAAAUGGUGCCAAAGAGAAAGGGAGAGAACAUGACAGACUGAAAGACUGUGAUAUGGACAUUUUAUUAUAAAGGCUACUGCUGCUCCGUGACGUAUGUCAGUGUAUGAAAUGAAAUGAAAUGUGGUCUGGAGUCUGUAAACACAGACAAACAGUGAUAGCUGUCACAUUUGAUAGAUGCCUCUGUGGGCUGAAAGUGCAACUAUAGAGUAGUGCAUCACUUGACAAGUGUUGUUAGUGAUGCCCUUGCCAGUGGUGCGUUAAUGAGAUGCUCUUUUCAGCUGCACUAAUUCUGAUACAUCCCCAGCUGGUGCCUGAUCGUUGUGAAUAUGCUGUCACCCAGUUCUCCAUGAUGGAAAUAUGAGAGUAACUCUGCAAGUAUUUAGAAUCAGGUCCUAAUUCAUUUUUAAAGGUUAAGGGUCCAUUUGCAACUUGAUUAUCAGUCUUUAUUUGAGGAUUUGCAUCAUACAUUUUUGAGUCAUACAAUGAAAUACCAUUUCUACAUCAUAACAAGCCUUUCCAGAUCAGCAUCGUCUCUUUUUAACCUUACUUCCUUCUACUUCUUCCUCCUUUCUCUCUCAGGUUCACGGUGUUGUUUUCUCACGGUAAUGCUGUUGACUUGGGCCAGAUGAGCAGCUUCUACAUCGGCUUAGGCACCCGCAUCAACUGCAACAUCUUCUCCUACGAUUACUCAGGCUACGGUGUUAGCACUGGCAAGCCCUCUGAAAAGAAUCUCUACGCUGACAUCGAUGCUGCCUGGCACGCCCUGCGCUCCCGGUAAGCAGGGAGAAACUGUCUGUUCUCGUCACACAGGGUCCAAAAUAAACAGUCAACAAACACCAAAUGUCCGUCUGGAUGUCUUUGGUAGAUAAAUAAGUGAGUCACUCACGUCAUGGGCCAGAUAUUUUUUGUGAAGAUAACAUUUGGUUGGCACAGUUACACACAGCCCUUGUCCCCGCUGACCACAUAGCUCGCUCUGUCUCUGACCAUCACACAGUCAAAUCAAAGCUCAACAAUGGCUCUGUUUCAAACAGGCCGGUGAUUGGCUGUCAUACAGUCCUCUGCAGAAAGAAGCCGCAUCUGAAAUUCUUAUAAAUAUUCCUCUUGUUUACAUUCUGCCAGUGUGGGUACUGGGCCAAGUUACACUCCCAUGUGAGGAACUUUGAGGCCAAUAGAAAAUCAAGAAUUCAAGAAAGAAACAGGGAUUUUGUGAAAUAUUGUGAAUUUACUCACAUAGUUACUGAAUCUCCUAACCAAGAGGUUGAUACACAGUCUGGUUAUGAUUUUGCAGCUCCUUUUUGACUUAUCUGUCUUUGGCAAAUGAGUCAGCAUGUUCUGUACUUAAUCAUGUCAAACCUCAAUGAGCGUGAAUAAAUAAAUAGCUGUUUGUCAUUAAUAUUAAAUACAGCGGUAAUUAUACUGGCGUGUUGGACUAAAAGGCAUCCUGAACUCUGAAUUGCCAUAUGGGAAUUUUCAUACUCUUAAACCGCACCAUCACUGCUUUUACGCCUUUAGUUUUUGUAAAAAGGAGACUCUUAUUGAAAUAGACUUGAAAACAUGUGGCUUAUUCUGUCUCAGGUAUGGCAUCAGCCCAGAGAAUAUCAUCCUGUACGGACAGAGCAUCGGCACAGUGCCCACAGUCGACUUGGCAUCCCGGUUUGAGUGUGCUGCUGUGGUCCUCCACUCUCCCCUCACCUCUGGCAUGAGAGUGGCCUUCCCUGACACUAAGAAAACAUACUGUUUUGAUGCCUUCCCAAAGUAAGUUUUUCUCUACAGUUUCAACUGAACAGUUUUUUUUUAUGUGCUUUAAAUAGAGAAGAUGUGUUUUCGAUGUGUGUUCAAAGAGAAGAAGAAAACAGCCCAUCUGUUUAAAAUUUGAAAACAAACAUUUACAUUUUGGGGGAACUUUCUCAACUUGUUCAAUAAGUUUCUGUUAGUGUUGCCCAAUAUGCUGCCAAGCCAAAAUAUCAUAUAUGUAAAUUAGAGCUGAGUAUCGAAUCACAGUUUCAGAAUGUUACAAUUUGCACUUGACAGGAAAACUGUCAUUUAUUGCAGUGGUUCUCGAGGCCCACUGUCCUGCAUGUUUUGGAUGUUUCCCUGCUCCAACACACCUGAUUCAAAUGAUCAGCUCGUUAUUACGUCAUUGCAGAGCUUGAUAACGAGCCGAUCAUUCGAAUCAGGUGUGUCGGAGCAGGGAAACAUCCAAAACAUGCAGGACAGUGGGCCUCGAAGACUGGACUUGAGAACCACUGAUUUAUUGCUAUGAAGAAGAAAAGUUAUUCUAAGUAAUUAAGCAAUUCGUGCUUUAUCUCACAGAAAGUGUACAUGGUAACUUUUUUAACACGCUGUCACACUGCUCAAAUGCAGUCAUAUGAAGCCUAAGAUAGCUAUCAGUUACUCUCAGACUAAUUGAUGCCAAUGAAGAGAGGACAAUAAAGAUUUGGGGGCUGUUCUCACAUUAGAGGGGAAAUAUUACAAAACAGGUGUCGUGUGAAACAAAGAUAAACAGAGAGACAAAAGAAACUGAGAAUUAAAGCUAAUUUUCACUCAGGAUUUCACCAACUAAUCAACUAGUUUACCACUAGUCUGUGCUGUGGGCAGUUGUCCACUCGAUGAAUAAUCAGUACCACAGCAUAUGGGUCUGACCUUGGCUUUGUCGUGGCUUUUAUGUUGCCAAAAUAUAGUGAUCGCACCACAGAAUACUAUUGUGACUUAGCACCAGUACAGUUCAUUCUGCAUCUUUCUUAGUCUCAACUCACCAAUUACUAUUUAAAAAAAACUAGGUAGUAAAAAUGAUAAGUCCUGAAACCCCUAAUGUUUAGCUUUUUAUCACAGUCCAUGUUGUUUUAUUUAUGUAAAGAUCAUCUUUCCAAACUCCCAUGACAAAGUGCUUCACAGAAUAAAAACCAAACUGAACGAGGCAAGCAUUAGAUCACAGAGUGGCUAAUAAGACUGUGAUCUAACUCCGUAUUCAGGGCAUCGUCAUUAAAUAUUAUUUGUUUAUUUAUCUAUUUAUAAAAUUGUGUUAUUGCUUCAUAGUGUAUAGAAAAGUAGAUAUCAUGCAUACAGGUUUUUUAGCCAUGGCUAAUUUGCAAUCCCUGUCACUCGUUAGGCUUCCAUAAGUGAAAACAGAAAUGACGGAGCAUUGAGUAUAAAUUACUAUUAAAUUACCAUUUUUAAUUACCAUUAAAAAAACACAGUAAUUUCAGUAUUCACAAUUAAAAUGAAGGACUGAAAGAUGGAUACUUAAAAGAAAAUCAAACCAACACUGUUAUUACACAUAUUCACUGAGAUAAUUCCACAGCAAUUAUACACUAUAACAUUAUUUACACAUUACAGUCACAGGUUACACAAGAACACUGUGGGCAGUGUUGCAUAUCGUUUAGCCCUCAUUGUAGCAGAAAUGUGUUUUCUAAAUGUUUAUCAUUGGAUUCCCAUUAGUUGUUACCAUGGCAACAACUACACUCCAAGGUCUCAUAUAUUUUGCUGCCUGGGGGUAGAUGAUGUACCUUGAUUUAUCAGGUAAACUUAACAUCCCAUCAAGGUACUUUGUAGUUUCAUAAUGAAUUUUCAGAGAGUGUAAUUCAUUUUGAUUAUCUGUAUGUUUAUCAGGAAAAAUUUGAUAUAGUAAGAUUAUCAGAAUUUGAUGAGACAAAAGUCAACUUGUCUGCACUAGAACUGUAUUAAACAAUCCCUGACUGUACAGCUUUUGUUGAACUGACAGAGAGAAAAAACUAACUUCUUUGGCCAUUUUUAAAGCAUCAAGGUUUGAUAAUACUCACUUAAUUCUGUUUCCACUAUUUCCGCUCUCUGCAUGUGUUAUAGUUGCUGUUGUUAGUCGUCGCUGACUAAAACCACCAGUUUCUUUAGCCAAAAGAUAUCCUGGUUGGCGCCUUGAACUUCCCCUCAUCUUUCUUCCAGCAUCGAGAAAGUGUCCAAGAUCCCGUCUCCAGUGCUCAUCAUCCACGGUACAGAAGACGAGGUGAUCGACUUUUCGCAUGGCCUCGCCCUGUUUGAGCGCUGCCCCAAGGCCGUGGAGCCCCUCUGGGUGGAGGGAGCGGGUCACAACGACAUUGAGCUUUACAGUCAGUACCUGGAGAGGCUACGGCGCUUCAUCAACCAGGACCUAGCUGCACAGCACGCCUGAGAAACAAACAAACAAACAGCCUCUCUGCAUUUGUAUGAAUGAGUGUGUAAAUGAGAAUGGUGUCAGCAUGUUUGAAAGGUAUGGGUGGAAAAAUUUACCUAAAAAAAAAAACAAGUUUAACUAAUAAUUUUUCCUCACAUUUGUGUGUCUUUGAAGCAGCACACUUUUAGGUUACCUUUCUACACAACAUAUGUUUGAAUAGUUUCCUGUUUCGAAGGUGAGACCACUUUUUAAUACAUCAUUAGCUGCAUCCAUCUGUGAGGCAGCGAAACGUUGAAAACAUGUUCUGAUUACACAACUUCACACACGGUUUUUAACAGGAGAAUCACAGCUUUAAGAUGUGACUCAAGAAGUGUACGCAGUUCUUAGUUUGAAAUAGGCACACAGAUGUAAUCUUUGAAGUUUGAUGUUGUCGGUGAAUGUAUGAGCCAUAGAUGUUAGUGUCGAGUGUGUAUUCAUAUCUUCAUGGACACCUGAGUCAAAUGUGUGUGUGUGCGUGUAUUUGUAUGUGUGUGAAAGAGGUGGUGCUGAAAGAAAAAUGAAGGACAUCUUGAAAUCUUGUUUGGCUGCAAGUGAAGGAGGCUCAUGGAAACUUCUUGAUAGUUUUUUUUUUUUUUUUGGUUUUCAAUGCGUGUGUGUAUGAAGAAUACCUCCACAGCUUCAAAGCGCAUCGCUUGACCACUUAUCUCUCUCCGGUGGACAAAAAUGGUCAAGCAGGUGCCCCUCACUUUUAAAUUACCCCUUCUUCACUCAGUUUACCUGUUCAUGGACAUUCACCUGACUGCCAGGGCAUUUCUCACGCUGUCAUCCAGCUAACACUACCCUACUUCUCUCCUGUGGUUUGGGGGUCCAUCCUCUUUACUGUCGAUUAUCUUUGAAACUCAAGGACUGGUCUGGAAUCCCGUCAUAACUUGAAUGGUUGAGCAUCUCACACAUUUCCUCUGUUUUGACUCUGGAAUGGUCAUCUUACACUUCAUUUCCCAUCCGGGCUGUAGGUUCAGCCUCCUACUCUCUACUGAAUUGCACCCUGAUUAUCCGUACUGACUUUCCCGACCCAGUACCCCGACAUAUAUGUGAUCAAGAAUGAUUGUAUGGUUGCAGUGGAUACAGGUCUCAGGCAGCAGCCGCACACUGAUUAGAUCAUGUGUAGCCGAUUCUUUAGCAUAACAGCAGUCGGAGUGAAGGUUUACUUUGUUGUUCUCAUGUCAAAUUAGAUCAAGUAGCUCAGAUGUUUAAAGGUUUAGCACACCACACUGACUUUGUCACAGGAUAAAUAAGUCACCUUUUAAAGGAGUAGUUCAACAUUUUCUGGAAUGUUUUCUUUCGUGUUUAGAGUUGGAGGAGGAAAUUUGUACCACUAUCGUCUGCAGGCAAGGAAGAGCAGAAUCAGGCCCCAAACCAGUCGUGAAAAAGUGUUUCAUUUUUACACCUGAGUCUUUGUAUACAAAAAGAUUCUGAAUGUAGAGGUGCUAGCAGGUAAAUUUGUUACCUUUGUACAAGCAGAUGAGCUCUUUAAACGCUUUUUUUCCAGUCUUUAUACAAAGCUAAGCCAACCAACUACACGCUGUAGCUUGUAAUACUCAGCAUCUAGACAUGGGGAGUGGCAAAGAGCAAAUGAAGGGUUCUCUCACUUUAAAACCACUCUUUACUUCAAAGACUGAGAUCCUAUGGCUGGAUUUGGAGGUUUCUUAAGGUGUAAAGGUACAAGGUGACGAGGUAGCUGCUCAUUUCACCAAACUAAAGAGGAUUUGUGUGAAUUUGGUUCAUAAUAUCCUCUCACUUCAUCACUUUGUGAAACUGAUUUACUCGUGGUCUCACAGUGCAGUUUUUUUCCAGGUUUUGCUCCAGGAAAAUUGAUUACCUAGGUUCAGUCCGCCUCAUGUUCUCUUUGACCCUCAUGCACAUUUUUUUUUUCCCAGCGUUUUUGUCUCGAUGUAAUUAUUCUGAACGUGUUCGUUGUAGUGUAGGGCCAUGGAUCGUGCGUUUCAGAACCCGGCGUGUUGACGUCAUGACAAACCAAGAUUCAGAUGUGGUGCAGGGACGGGACACCAUGCCUCCCCCCCUCCCCCCUCGCUCUGUUUAACCUCUGUGGCCCAAAUAUACAGGAAGCUCUCUUAUGGUCGGCAGCACGCUUCAUGUGUGACACAAGCCAUAUUUGAGCCUCUCACUGUUUGUGUGGUGCAGGUUCCACCACACACACACACACAUGCGCGCACGUAUACAUUCAAACACUACUUACAAAUACACACACGCGCACACACACUAAACGUACUGUAGAAUACGGUGCGUUUACACACUUAUAUAUCAGAUCAAGCAUGACAAAAGCAGGUCUUAAGUUCAGCACUAUUGUACAAAGCAUCCAAAGUGUAAUAAGGGUAUAAAAUGUCAGUUUGUGUGUCUUCAUUAUUAUUGACGUGUCUUGUACAGGCCAGCAUCAAGGAUACUAACAUCAUGUUUGAAUAAGUUGUAACAAACACUGUGUGUAGGCCUGAAUAUCCCAAGAACAAGAAGGCUAACCCGUUUCAGAUCUACACACAGGAGACCCAUCAGUGUCAGUGAUAGUGGCUGCGUUUUUGUAAGGGAACAUAAACUGAACUUGCACUGAUCUGAUUACUCCAUUUUUGGGAGUACAAGUGGGUCUUGGUAAGCUGUGGAAUAGUUACUGAACACCAGUUGCUCUCUGUCAUCAUUUCGAGCAGGGAAACAUUCAGUUGUCAUUCUGUGUCUCUGAUAUUUAAAUAAUGGAGAUCUGUUACCAUUUUGACCCAGGGAUCUGAGCCGUCAGAAGACUGAGAGAGUUGAACACUGCUCUCUAAAAUCAGGCCUCAGCUCCUCUUGGAAAAAAAAAUCUUGUUUUCAGGGAAACCACUGGAUCCACCUUUCACUCAUGGGGUUCAAGGCAGGCAGUGGAUACUUGUUGUGUAAUUGAUGCACCACUAUGGUUGACGUUUAUUGUAUCCUCUGGCCCUGAAUGUUUAUUGAUGGGGGUGGGGGCGGGGGGGUCGACAGUGAAAACUGUAUGCAUGUCUAUCGUGUUUUUGCAGAGCAAGUGACGGGGUGGGACACUAUCUCUAUUAUUAUGUAUUCUAUGUGAGGGUAAAGCUGAACUCAUGGCAUCGGAACAUUGAAGCGCUUUUUAAAGAAAAAAAAACAGGAUUUUAUUUGAAUUUUUUUUAUUGCUGAUACUAACUGAUGUAAUGUUGAGUUUUGUGCUAGAGUUUGAGUGGGGCAGUGUUUGGUGGGUGGGUGGGAGGGGAGGGGUGGGCUAGAUAAUAUUGGUGGGCUGUUUAUAUGGUUACUGUACUUACCUAUUCUAUUCUUUGUAUUAUGAUUUGUAAUUUUAUGUUGCUUUUUUGAACUGAGAAUAUGAUGUAAUGAAAUUAAUUCAUGGGACUGAAUCUUGACCUUUUUAUGGACAACAAAAUAAUAAAAAGAUCACUUAUGUACAAAAUGUGUUGUCUUUAAGAUUUGUUUUGAUCCAAUACAAAAAUAGAGUAAAUGUAAUGAUUUAAGAACAUCUGGAUGACCUUACUGGGACAGAAAUAUAGAUCAAAUCCUCAAAAAGGGACAACAGAGACUUUACUUUCUUAAGAAACUGGUGUCCUUCCAGGUUGACAAAACCAUGCUGAAGUUGUUUUGCAGAGCUUUUGUUGAGAGCGCUCUGACAUUUUGUAUUGUUUGUUGCUACAGGGCUUUAACAGAGUCGCAAAAGAGCUCCCUUAAGAAGAAUAAUCACUGUUGCGAGCAAAAUCCAAGGCAUUCCCCUGAACAGCCUACAGGACAUUUAUCUAUCUCGUGCCCUGGACAAAGCUGAGAAAAUACUCUCAGACUCAAAACAUCCCUUGUUCAGAGGGUUUGAGCAGCUGCCCUCAGGCCGCAGAUACCGGUGCCCAGCCCUCAUAAAGAACAGGUCCAAGCGGUCGUUUGUACCACAGUUGAUUUUACAAUUGAAUAAACUAAAAUAGAUUGUGAGCAGCUUUAUUUUAUUAUUAUAUUAUUAUUUAAAGACUAUUUAUUGAAAUACUUUUUUGAAUUGACAAAGUACAGUACAGUAGUAUUUUUAUACUGUCUUUUCUGAGUUGUUUUGUUUUGUUUUAUAUGGGAGAGUGUACGGAACUGUGUAUAUGUGCUGUCUUUGUGCAUGUUUUCAACUAACUGCAAAUGAAUUUCCUCACAGGGACAAUAAAUUCAACCUACCUACCUACCUUACUACACAGCUGUGGUUGUCAAGUCCAGUCCUCGAGGCCUACUGUCCUGCCACCUGAUUCAAAUGAUCAGCUCGUUAUCAAGGUCUGUGAUGGCUUAAUAACAAGCUGAUCAUUUGAAUCAGGUGUGUUGGAGCAGGGAAACAUUCAAAACAUGCAGGACAAUGGGCCUCGAGGACUGGACCUGACAACCACUGCUACACAGUGAAAUGAAUUGAUUUAUCCUUCAUAAAACCAAGCAAAGUUUCUACUUUAAUCAACGGUUAUGAGUACAUGUUUAUUGUCCUUACUACACAAAAAAGUAAAAUCUGAAAUAUGAAACAUAUCCUACUUUGCCUAUCACUGCCUAAAGAGGAAAAGAACAAUCUGUAUUUGAUUCCUCUGUAAGUUAAAGUUAUGUGACUGACUGCCCUCUGCUGGCUUAUUAAUGUCAUUGCAGUAAAUCGACACAAUACAUUACACCUGCAGUUACCUUACACAAUCUGAACCCUUAUCUUUAACGCAGGCAUCAUUCAAAUCCAAAGACUGAACAGGGUUUUUUUCACCUUCAUGUAAAGAUGAAAUCUCUUUGGUUCUCUGUGGUGGAGGUCGUGUUGAUCCCACUCUGCAGAAACAUCUGCUUACUGAGCUCAACUGUCCACCAGCCAGGAAACAAACCUGGCUUCAGCAAGCUGCCUCCAUAUGGCCCAUUGCUGGAGAAAUUGCAACCUUUUUUUAUAUGUCAGCAGAAAAUGAUUGCACUCCUAACAGAAGUACUGUUCUGGCGUUUUUUUUUUUGCCAAGCAGUCAGUCAUCCAUGUGACCACCCACUGCAUAUGGCUAUGUUCAGAUUUACAGAGAGCUGAUCGAGGGGAUUUCAAAGCUGUAUCCUCUAUAGUCAUCGUUUUCACACAGGAGGUUAACUUUUAUUGUUUACAAAACAGUUAAUUUCUUGACAUAGUAUUUAUGCUACUAAGUGCUUUACAUCAUAAAGUGGAAGUCUCUCAGUCUGCUAAGAUGCUUCUGGGAGCUUGUCUAGACAGGGAUCAAUGUGUGCAACAGGAUCUUAAUAGUGUAGAGCAUUGCAUGAGUUCCUCAAAGGAUUUGUCACAGCCAGCUGCCUCUGGCUAUGUUUCCUGGUACCUGCAUGGGAAAUGGAAAGAGCAGCGGUGGAGAGAAGUUACAUUUUAUCAUAUGAGAUUUGAAAAAAUCUAAGCUCAUCGUAGAAAUGGACCUGCAGUGAAAGUGAGAAGCAAUAAUAGAAAAAUACAAAAGGUGUCUGUGAUGCAGAAUGGUUAUGAUUGUAGAUGCACUCAUUUUUGUACAAUACAAUACAAUACAAUACAAUACAAUACAAUACAAUACAGUAGAAUAACUUUAUUGAUCCCCGAGGGGAAAGGUAUUACUACAUACAAAUUCAUUCAGAGCUUGUAGCAGCUUUUCUUUAUUAACCUUCAACAAUGAAUCAUUUAUUAUUUGGUAUCUCAUGUGUCUGAGAAGACAUCGUAACAGCUCUGAAAUAUAUAAACAGUAAAAAAAAAACAUUUUAGAGCACAAAGUAGGAAUUUAAAUGUGUAUUAGUUCAGAUUAAAAAGGUUUACGUACUGUCCUUUACUAAGACAGAAACACAUUUUGUAAAUUAACUUCAUAAUAGAUUUUUUCAAAUAUCUUUAUUUUGACUGUUUCAUCUUCAAGCGUGACUAAGUCAGUAAGGGUUUUUCCACAGCAUCAUCUUAAGGUCACAUUUAGGACACAGUGGUGUGAUGGGAGGAACGUUAUCAGUGAUCUUACGUCUGUGCUGCUGUCACAAACCUGUAAAACUACUCUGCUUCUGUCUAAUCUCAUCUACUGGCUACGGUUUUAAAAGUCACCAAAACCGGUUCGGGCUUGGUCAUGUGUUUUUUCUGCAGUCCCCAAAUCACUUCCUCCUUCAUCUUCUUUUCAGCAGCUUUUCUUUUCUUGUCUUUCUGAAUGUUUGGGUGAUAACUCACUGUCUGUGUCUCAAAGCCAACUCUGUCAGGGUCCCUAAAGAGUUAAGCUGCUCCUCCAA